UUUGAAACGGUCACAUACAUGCUCCAAGGAUCAUUCAUGCAUGAAGACUUUUGUGGACACAAAGGAACCAUAAACCCAGGAGAUCUACAGUGGAUGACUGCUGGUCGGGGUAUAGUGCAUUCUGAAAUGCCAGCUGGUGAUGGAGAUAAUGUGGGACUACAACUGUGGAUAAAUUUAAAGAAAAAAGAUAAAAUGGUUGAGCCACGCUAUCAAGAAUUAUUAAAUAAAGACAUACCAUCUGUCAGUAAAGACGGAGUUCAUGUAACAGUAAUUGCAGGAGAUUCACUCGGAGCUAGUUCUCCUGUCCGUACAUUAACUCCAACUGUUUAUCUUGAUUUUAAGAUAGACAAAGGAAGUCAUCUUUCCCAGCCUGUUACUGAAGGUUGGAAUGGUUUCAUAUAUGUAUUGAAAGGUCGAGGAUAUUUUGGUGGGAAGACAGCAACCGGAUCUGAUGACUGGAUGGAGAGUACACCCCACCACACACUAGUAUUGGGCCCUGGGGAUCACAUUAAUGUGAAAAAUGAAGAUGAUGAACAGCUUCAUUUUGUUCUGAUAGCGGGAGAGCCUGUCAAAGAGAAAGUUGUACAGCAUGGUCCGUUUGUGAUGAACAGUGAAGCUGAGAUAUAUCAAACAUUUGAAGACUUUUCUCAAGGAAAGAAUGGAUUUGAGAGAGCACCUGGUUGGAAAUCAGAGAUUGGUAUCAGAUCAUAAUCAUUGCCUCAACUUUAUCAUAAUAGCUAUAAUACUCAUACAUGUUAAUGCUGUAGCCACUGGACCAUUCAUUGUUCUACUAGUUAGAUAUAAUGUCUUGUGUUUUAUCAUUUCUUUUAACACACUUUUAGCAUAAAUGGUUAAUAAGCAGUUUUAAAUGUCA